AUGGAUGCAAAGGACAUCUCAGACAAUAUGAGCUCUCAAAGCCCUCAUCAAUACCAUGGCUAUGAAAAGGCAGUUUAUAACAAAAGCUUGAAGACUGCAUAUGCCGAUUUGCUGAUGGAGAAGAUGAGCAGAGCGAAUUCAAUGGCGGCUGGCAGCGCUGCUGACAACAUGGAAGACUUUGAGAUGGGUAUGAUAGAGGAUGGUGAUGACGAUGAAAAUAAUAGUUACUACAAAAAAUUCAAGCGAUCGAUUUUGAAUGACGCAGAACUUGGCGAGAGCUUGGGUACACAGAAUGUAGUGGACAAGGAUGUACAUGGGGACGCGUGGCUUGAUGAUAACAGCACACUAGAUCAGGACUACUCCAGUGAGGCUGACAAAAGUUUUUAUGAAGAUGAUGAGGAAGAUGAGGACAGGGAGAAGGAUGGGGAAAGCAUUGUGGCGACUGAUGAAGAUUCAGAAUAUUACGAUGAUUAUCGUGAUGAUGGCAAUGAUGAAGAAGAGUGGAGUAGCAGUUCGAAAAGGAUGAUAUUGAUCGCACUUUUUUUUUUGGGGCUACUAUGUAUAGGGCCGCUCUUCAAUGCAGUUAUGCCGUCAACUUCAGGUCAAUCAUCUGUGAGAAGCGCGUCUACUAUGCCUGCCUUGCAAAAGCAGAUCAACCAUCUUUAUAGUGAAAUAGAUCAUCGGGAUCAGAAAUCAAGAUCAGAUCUGGAAAAAACUAUAAAAGUCAUAAUCAACCAAUUUGAGAAAAAAAUCAGAGAGCUUUUGCCAUCCAAUGUUGCCAGUUUAAAAAAUCAAUUGGAGUCGCUCACCAAUAAAGUCAAUCAGCUCUCCUUAUCCUUAUCUAAGUGGGAACGAAAAUCCAGUUCCAUUUUUACAAUGGAUAACAUUACAGAAUGGCAGGCCGAACUAGCAAAGGAAUUAGAAUCGCACCUGCCGCAGGAAAUUCCUGUGAUAAUGAAUAAUAGUUCAACGAUGUUAGUGAUACCAGAGAUGAAUGACUAUCUACAAAAUCUAAUAGCAAGUUUGAUGCAGCACUCUAACGCGCGUCCCGAUAAUUCCACAUUGCAGUAUGAUUUGAAUCUGUACGUUAAAGAAAUUUUAGCUGAUCAGUUUCAAUAUAUUGAUAAAGAUUAUUUCAUAAGAGAACUCAAUAGGAAUUUGCAAAUCAGUAAACAAGAAAUAUGGCAGGAAAUGGCCUCCAGAUUGGAUCAAUGGCAGAAGGAGAGGCCUAAAGAGUAUAGCGAGCAGAAUGUCAUCCCAAGACAGUAUUCCAGUAUACUCUUGAAAAAGUUAAUUAAUCAAAUCUACAAUACCAACGAGCACCAGUGGGAAGACAACCUGGAUUUUGCCACGUUCGCACAGGGGACAAAACUGUUAAAUCAUUUGACCUCAAAAACCUGGAAUCAAGGUACAGGAGUAAGUCCAAUUGAACUCUUGCAGGAUUCCAAAUAUGGACCUUCAACUUAUUGGCAAUGUGGUGAACCUCAAAAGUGUUCAUGGGCAAUACGCUUCCAAGAAGCUAUAUAUUUAACACGUCUAUCCUACAUGCAUGGUCGUUUCAAUAAUAAUCUACAUGCUAUGAACUCCGCACCGAAACUCAUAUCGGUAUAUGUGAAGAUCGCAAAAACGAAUGGCAACGUUGAUGCACGCAAAAUCAUAGCAUUAGCCCAAAAAUUCAAUCAAGGCCAGAAACUAAGUCUUGAUAGCCAAUUUAUCAGGAUAGGACAGUAUCCGUAUAGUCUAACCGACACUAAGAUACGACAAGUUCUACCGCUACCAUCAUGGUUCAUUCAACUGAAGACACGAGUUCGUGCUGUUGUGUUCGCAGUUGACCAAAAUUAUGGUAAUAAGAGAUAUACAUCAUUGAAAAAAUUCACGGUUAACGCUGUAACACAAGAAGAUCUGUCAAUAAUGGAAUCUAACUCCUUUCAAUUGAGGUGUUCCGGUACACCGGAAUAUGCCAGCUCUUCCAUUACUAAUGAUAUUGAUGAUAUGAAGGAAACUGUUCAAGGGUCUGAUGACGUAAAUCAACCUCACAAAAGCAGAUGCAAUGUACCUGCCUUCGGUCAAGAUGAGUUGAUCCCUUGA